AUGGCUACUUCAAAAGCUUUUCCAUUGCUUCUCGUCUUGUUGCUACUCCUCCUCAACUUAACAUUCUCCUUUUGUCAUGCCGUUAAGCAAUGCCCUCCUCCUCCCACAAAAAAAUCAUCCACCAUGAAAUGUCCGAGAGACACACUCAAGUUUGGAGUGUGUGGGAGCUGGUUAGGUCUAGUUCAUGAGGUCAUCGGUACACCACCGAGCAAGGAGUGUUGCUCACUUGUCAAAGGUUUGGCUGAUUUUGAAGCUGCUGUUUGUCUUUGCACCACCCUUAAAACCACCCUACUUGGAGUAGUCGCUCCGGUCAAACUUCCUGUUGCUCUCUCUUUGCUUCUCAACUCUUGUGGCAAGACUCUUCCUCAGGGAUUCGUCUGUUGA